AUGUCAGUGAUGGCCUCAGUGAGACACUUGGUCUCCUUCCUGUGCUUUCUACAGAAACUCCAGGUGGCUUUGAAUGAGGCUUGGGGAGUGCUUCAGACUUGGGCUCCCCAGAUGAAGGGUCUGAGGCUGGCGCUAAUGCCGGGGCAUUCUCGUGUCAGGAUGGUAGCCACGUUGCUCUUAGGGAUCAUUUUUCUCCCAAACAUACACUGUGACAUGGAAUCGGUGCAUUACUCUUCCUACGAAAUAAUCAUCCCCGAGAGUCUGACGCCCAUGGAAAGUGAGGACCCAGUACAAAAGGCAUCCUAUAUGCUACUUAUGCAAGGCCACGAGCAGGUGGUUCACCUGAGGUUGAAGAGAGACUAUUUUGUGGAUAACUUUCCCAUCUACAGUUACCACAAUGGCAUCCUGGGAAAAGAAAUGCCCUUCAUGUCACAAGACUGCCACUAUGAAGGCUACAUAGAAGGAGUGCCGCAGUCUUUUGUCUCUGUUAACACCUGUUCAGGCCUCAGGGGCCUCCUGAAUAUGGAGAAAACAUCCUAUGGCAUUGAGCCCGUGCUCUCUUCCAAGCGCUUUGAACACGUCCUAUACACCAUGGCACAUCAAGCUCGAGUCUCCUGUAAUGUCACCUCCAAAGACAGCCAGGUGGUGUCCGCCAACCAGCAACAAGGGAGCAGGAAGCCUCCUAACCUACGGGCGCUGUCCUACUUGUGGUCACACACCAAAUACGUGGAGAUGUUUGUCGUGGUCAACAACCUGCGGUUCCAGAUGUGGGGCAGCAACAUCAACGAGACAGUCCGGGGAGUAGUGGACAUCAUUGCUCUGGCCAACGGUUUCACUAGGGGAAUAAACACAGAGGUGGUGCUGGCUGGAAUGGAGAUCUGGACUGAGGGGGACCUGAUAGAGGUCCCAGAGGACCUGCAAGUUACACUGAGGAGUUUCAAUAGCUGGAGACAAGAGAGGCUCUUCCACCGAGUGAAGCACGAUGUUGCCCACAUGAUCGUUGGACAGCAUCCUGGAGGGCACACGGGCCAGGCAUUUCUCAACGGUGCCUGUUCAAGUGGUUUUGCGGCAGCUGUGGAGUCCUUCCACCAUGAAGACGUCCUCCUGUUUGCAGCACUCAUGGUCCAUGAGCUCGGGCACAACCUGGGGAUCCGGCAUGACCACUCGGCCUGCAUUUGUAAAGAUAAGCACUUUUGCCUCAUGCGUGAAAAUAUUACUAAGGAAAGUGGCUUCAGCAACUGCAGCGCUGACUACUUCUACCAUUUCCUUCAUGAACACAAAGGGGCUUGCCUGUUUAACAAGCCACGUCACAAAAGCCGCAAGCGCAGGGCUUCCACUUGUGGAAAUGGUGUGGUGGAGGACUCGGAGCAGUGUGACUGUGGCAGUGCCUGUGACGGUCACCCAUGCUGUGAACCAACAUGUACACUGAAGGAGGGUGCAAAUUGUAGUAACGAAAUCUGUUUUCAAUGUCAAUUUCGAAUGAAGGGACACAUAUGCCGUAAUCCUGAUGGAGAAUGUGACCUUCCGGAAUAUUGUGAUGGUACUUCUGCAGAAUGUCCAGCAAACAGACACAAACAAGACUGGACAACGUGUCUUGUAAAUUUUUUCUGUCGUAAUGCUCAAUGCAUGGACCCUAGUCAACAAUGUGCACGUGUUUUUGGGUUGAAUUCAAAGUCUGCCAAAAGAUGUUACAGAUCUGCGAACAGCAAAGGGAACCGAUUUGGAAACUGUGGCCGUUCCUCUCCAACGGAGUAUGUUCAGUGUUCAGAGGAGAAUAUACUGUGUGGGAAACUUAUAUGUACAAAUGUUAAUUUCUUACCACCAAUUAAGCCUCAUCAUACACUAAUUCAGAUGCCACAUGGAGAUGACUGGUGCUGGAGCAUGGAUGCCUUUAAAAAUGAAGAUAUCCCUGAUGAAGGAGAUGUGCAAAGUGGCAUUUCUUGUGGCAUUAACAAAACUUGCACGAAUUUCUUUUGUGAUAAAAUUCCUGACACCACACUUGCCUGCAAUCCCAAUGAACUGUGUAAUGGAAAAGGAGUUUGUAAUGAUUUAGGGCACUGCCACUGUGACCCUGGUUUUGCACCUCCUGACUGCAAAGAUGAAGGAAAUGGGGGUAGCGUGGACAGUGGUCCACCUGGUAAGCCAGAGAAUGAAUAUCCAGAAGUUGAUCAAAAUGAUGUUAGUACUACCAAUACAAAAGACUCAAAGCCAGACUGGAAAAUACAACUUAUUCUCGCAUUUUUGAUACUACUCCUAUUAGGUGCAAUUAUUGGGGUAGUCUACUAUGUUGAAACUCUAAAGUCAGAAAAGGCUCCAGAGAGCACCCCAUCAGAAGAGGCCUCAAAAGAAGGGGAAGAAGAAGAGGAAAAGGAAGAGGAUGAGUCAGAGUCAUAA